GAAUGCCAAAAUGAACAAUGUUCUAGGCCAUGUUACUCAAACUGUGCUUUCUGUAAUACUAUGGAAUAUUUGUUAAAAACAAUUUGAAAUGCGUAAUUGGACUGCCGCAUAUUCGUUAAGAUGGUAAUUUUGUGAAACCAAGUCUUAUCCCAUAUCGUUUACAAGGCGAAAGGUGGAUUCUUGGAUGUGGGUUUUCUGACACUCGUGCACCUGUUGUAUGUCAACGAUCCAACGAUUAAUUUGCAGGAUUCAUAGAUACAUUGCUGAACAGUAUUGCGAAAAGCAACAGUAGUAGCGCAAGUAUAGUAUUAUCAUACACGACAGCUGUUUUAACUUGUUAGCAGAUGAUUAUUGGAUUGAUUGCAAGAGACAAGAAAGACAUGGAGAAUUAAUUAGGAAUAAUGAUUUGCCGCUGAUUGUAUAUGAUUUAGAAAUGGAUUUGUAUCGGAUCACCCUCGUAUUCCUAACGGUUCUUCUAAUGCAGUACAGUAACCACAUGGUCCGAUGCGUCAUAACAGAUGUACAACUGGUUGGUGGCCCAGUAUCUAAUAAAGGUACAGUAGAGGUCAAGCAAGAUGGCGGCAAUUGGGAGACGACAUGUGGAAUAAAUCUUGACAUCAAUGAUGUCAUCGUCAUUUGCAGACAGUUAGGAUUCACAGGAGCAAGCAUAUCAAUGAGGGCCACACCUUAUGGACAGAAUUCAACACCUGCCAUGGGGCUAGGUUGCGAUGGAAGUGAAGGAAGCCUAUCAGAAUGUCCUAUAUUACCACCUACAUCCGAGUGUUCUUCAGCAGGAUCAGCAUCUUGCCAUGGUGAGGAAUAUCUUGGAUGUUUUAAAGAUGUUUCGGAUGACAGAGUGUUAUCUAGCACCUCCGUCAUUAAUAGUAUGUCGAUGAGUAUUUCAUAUUGCUUCUGGUUUUGUGGAGUGUCUACCACACCUUACUAUUCGUACGCUGGAGUAGAAAAUGGAUCGAGUUGUUCUUGUGGAGAAGCCAGUGAUAACUAUGCGAGACAUGGAGUGGGAGAAGAUUCAAGCUGUUCCGUUCCAUGUCAUGGAGACCUAACUGAGAGCUGCGGUGGUAUUGGAUACAUAGCUGUCUUUAGAAUAUCAGCCGCCAUGACAAUGAACACACCGACUACGGUACUGGCCACUUCACCACUUACGACGACAUCCACUAUACCAUCCACUAACCAGGAAGUUACAACAAACGGUGGUAUAAUUUCAACACCAUCAUCACCACCACCACCAUCACCAUCAUCAUCAUCAUCAUCCUCAUCAUUACCACCACCACCACCACCAUCAUCAUCAUCAUCAUCAUCACCACCAUCAUCAUCAUCAUCAUCAUCAUCAUCAUCAUCAUUAUCAUCAUCGUCACUACCACCACCAUCAGCAUCAUCACCUACGGAACCUCAAAGAACUUCCAAUCUUCCUACGGCAGGAAAUAGCACAGCCUUGUAUGCAGGGAUUGGUGGAGGAGUGGCUGCUGUUGUGAUCAUCAUCAUAGUCAUCGUCGCCAUCGUUUGUUUCACAAGGAGGUCACAAGAUAGGAUAAAGGGUAUCGCUUCUUCACAAAGUGCCACGUUGACUCCAGUCUGCAGGCCUCCAGUGUAUGAUGAGAUAAAUGAUUUCGGUAUCCCCAACGGUGCAGUGGCAGAUGCGUCGUCCGCCAGAGGCUAUCAACCUGGGGCACAAGCACACAGUAGCGCGAAUUCUUCUAGAGGAGGCAAGAAUGUUCUCCUUGUAAAUCUUAAUCCCAGGAAAUCGUCGAAUAUAUAUGAGGGGACAAUGGAUGAAACCCAAGACGAUGAAAUGACGCCAUAUACAUCACGUGGGACCACUGACAUCCCGCAGAAGAGCAACGGCCGAUUAAGCGUCCUUUACACCAUGCCUGAGAAGAACGGAAACGGAGCACAGAACGGCUACGAGAGAAUUAAUCUCGGAAUUGCGCCCUAUUCUUCUUUUGAAAAUACUAAGCAGCCAAUCGCCUCGGCGAAGGUGACCAACAGAAUGAGCGCCGUUUACACCGCGCCCGGUAAGAACAGCGAACGAAACGUCACCUCGGAAGAUAUGGACAGUCUGUCUGCCAUGCCAGAUGAGAAUGGAAACCGGAAUUACCGUUCGGACGAUACUUCGGAAGAUGUCGGCAGUUUGUACGCGAUGCCCGAUAAAUCCCGAGGAAAGCCGGAUGGAGAUCAGGAUCUCUUCGCUAAAGCUAAUGACUCGUUUUCUGGUGAUCAGUAUGAUGAAAUGGAGAUGGUUGAAAAUGAACUGUAUACUAUGUAA